AAUUUGAGAGUGUUGACAUGAAUGAUCAUCGUGAUCAUGUCUUGGAAUGGAUGAAAGAGUUAUGGAACAAAUGGAGAGGAUACUUGCAUGCAACCUAUGUGAAGAAUAAGCCAAUCCAACAAGCUCUUAAGAAUUUUCCAAAGGGAGUAGACAAGAAAGAUUGGGAGUGGUUAGUAAAAGAACAUUUUACUUCAGAAAGUUUUCAGGCAAGAAGCAACAGGAAUUCGGCAAAUCGAGCUAAGUUGAAGAUGCCUCAUCAUAUUGGUAGCAAGCCUAUUCGAGAGGUUAUUUAUCAAAAGGGCGGGAAAUAUGGCAAUCCACCAGAUUUGGGGACUAUUUUCUUUGAGACUCGUAAGAAAGAUAACAAGCUUGUUGAACCUGAAGCAAUUGAAAAACAUGCUCAGAUCAAAGAAAUGGUUCAAUCGGAGCCCUCUCUAUCUAGUAUAGAGAUUGUAGAAAAAUGUUGUGGACCUCAAACUCGUAGCCAUGUAUUUGGAUUUGGGGGUGGAGUAAAGGCAAAAGACUUGAAAGGCUCGAUGAUUUUGUUGGAUAACACCUAAUGAAUUUAGAUUGCUUUUGGGGCUCGAUGAUUUUGCUGGAUAACACCUAAUGAAUUUAGAUUGCUUUGGGGUUUUGAAGAUCAAAGUUACAAGUCAAGAUGCAUUAUUUUGCUAGAAAUAUUAUGUACAACUCAAUAUAAUAGUCUAGCUCGGGGUGUUAGCAAUGUCUUUUUGUUAAGGUGUCAUGCAAAUAUUGAAACUAACAUCAUGGGAUGUUAACCAUUUUAUUGUAAUUAAUAACUAGCUCUUUU